AUAGAGUAACCGUUCUUUAUUUUCAGAAAACAGCUGCCUAUUUUUAGAAAUAAUACAGAUGAAUCAUGAAUCAAAACAAAUAUUUAGAAGUACAUCAAACAUUUUGUUGAAGUUUAAUUAGAUUAAGAGGUUUAUGUUAUAAUAAGUCGUGGAUCAUAAAGCAAGUAGCAUCAACAUGAAUACAGACAUUGCCGAUGAUAUAUCAAACACUGAAAGCAUUACCGACAAAAUGGCUCAACCUCGUCUUUCAACCUAUGAUGCCGGUGACCAUGACAUGAAGCUGUUCCAGACACCUAUACCAAAGGCUGGUGUUCCGGUGGUAUUCCCGCAGCCCCCUGACGAUUGGCAGUUUAAUCAGUUAAUUAAUGAAAUUGCAGACGAUAUUGACAAUCAUGAUCUGGAGAAAAUGAAAACUCAGUGUUCAGGUGCUGGUGGAAUUCAGUUCCAUGUUCUCGAAGAAAUUAAGACUGUUCGAAGUUUGUUCAGGCUUCUGAAGAACCGAGAAUUUCUCAACAGGGAAAACAUGGUGUAUCUGCAAAUUUUGCUGAAGAUCGCUGGACGGAUGGAUCUCGUCGAAAAAGUCAUCGACUAUGCUAGGUCAAUGGGAAACACCUUGUAUUACUAUCCAGCGACCAGAGAGCCAGAAAACGGUUACAAGCACGUAAAAAUGCACGUAGAAGGAAUCGACUUCAGCAACAGCGAUACGAUGUACAUCCAGGGUUUAAAACUACGCCUUUCAAUGGCUCUAUGCGUACCUAUGCAGUUCAUAUUUAUUGCCGGCAUCGAACCCUCAUCCAGUCUUCUCAUCACAUUUAUGAUUCCUGAUGAGUAUGUUGAUCUUAUGGAGAAGCGACUGAAGAAUGGAGACAGAUUUCCGGAGUUACAUUCGCAUCAUAUUGACGUUAUACAAAUAGGCGAUAAAGCGUUCAAUAUAACAGGCCAAGUUGAAGCCCAGGUUAUUGUAUCGGAGCAGCAUGAGAAGUUAACCAGUGUGUACCAACAGCUGGACACAUCGAGACAGAAUCUUGGAAGAUCCGAACUAGAGGUGGUUAGGCUAUCCGAAGAAAUUGAACGCAUCCAAACCGAAGAUAAACGCAUCCGAGACGAAAUGGAAAACAUGCGGAAGCAAUUAGAAGCAAAGAAUCUGGAGGCGACACAAAUUGUUAAUACCUUUCAGCAAAUGUUACAGAAACAGGAGAAAGAUAAUGCCAUAGCAAUUGAUUUCCAGGAAUUAAACAACCGCGUACAAGAAUUUAAAGAGUCCCUGUUAGCAGUUACUGAGACAAAUAACAGUAAACAAAGUCUGGAGAACAUUGUUAACAAGAAUACAGAACUGAUCACCUCAUGGAUGGGCGUAUCCUUCAUUGAAAGAGAACGUGGUUUGAAUUCGGCUGUGCGACAGCACUUUUUAGCUAUGAAAGCGAUGGAAGCGAAGCUGCACAAAUACCAGUUUCUAGCCUCGAUUUAAUUAGACAAGAUAGAACAAGAUCUAUUAGCAACAGUUCAGAAUUUGCAGUCGAAGAUAACAGUUAAAGUUGUUGCAGAACAAAUAGUACAGCUAAAUGAAACAGCGCUGGCAAUUCUUCGUAAAAUAAGUCCCCGUCUUAGAUACAAGGAAAAAACUAAACUUAUGAAGAAGUAUACAUGGGACGAAAGUGACACGAUGAAGGAAAAGAUGGAUCGAGAUCCCCCAUUUUUCUUGGCUGGACUUUUUUACAAAGAGAUACAAACUAAACAAAUACUGCCUCCAUAUGAAGAAUUUGUAUCGGGCCUGCUAGCUGAAGUUGGUAGAGAUGACCUGUUGACCAAAUUCCUUGAACUAUGCAGGGGAAGUCAGCAACAAAGGGCACAAUCAGCGGAUGAACCAGUCAAUAUGGCAAGCACUGACAAUGAGAAAAUGUGGUCAGUCAUGUCAAAAAUGGCCAAAGAAGUGAGCGAAAUGCACCAACGCAUGAUGUCCGUUGUUGGCAGUUUUCCUACAGGCAUUGAUAGUCCGCUUUUUGAUUCAAAGUAUUUUCAAACCAGGGACACCAGUGGCGUAGGAACGAGUCCAAACAAUUUGUUUGCAGAAAGCAACGCACACGCAUAAUCAGAUUGAUACUGUUUGCAUUAUCGAAAUGUUUUAGGUUAAGUAAUUGUUAUUUUAUAACAUAAAAAACGUUUGGUAUUUCAUGUUAGUACGAUAUUUCCAGAUAAUUACAAAAUUCAAAAGUGACUAUCAACAAUAUUUUAUAAAACAAUUUUGUAUUAACUAUCUCGUAUCGAUACCUACCUUUGUAAAAAAAAUAUAGAUUGUCCAUUUAGUUUGUUAAAGAUGUGUCCAAAUUCUGAUGAAACUCAUUAUACGUAAUGGAAAAGUGUUCAUUGUUUUCGUUAUUUUUUGGCAUGAAUAGUUUUGUCCAGGGUAACACGCAUAUUUCAAUGUGUACUUGUUUUUCUAUCGAUUUUGUUUGCAAUGUGCAAUAUAUAAUUAUUCUCUGAUUACAUAUUCUAUUCACAGUACUACUUCCUAAUGACUUAUCAAAAUAAGGCGGUAUGACAAUCGAUAGAGCACAAACUGAGCUGCAUCAUACAUAAUUUUAAACUAUGAUUACAUGGUGUAUUUCAAUAUAUUUUAACAAGAAUUUUUCAUAUAGCAAUAUAUUGCAGAAACAUCCGCGAUACAUUGUUUAUACUGUCGUUGAAUAUUAGACAAAUAUUUUGAAAAUACUUUGCAUUCAAACAAUUACCUCCACACUUUAUGAACGGUCUAUUCGUCUCCUGUUGUUUCAGUUUAGUUUUGUCGAAGUUGAUUUCUUCUACAUAAAGAAUAACUUGAUGAUUUACCAAACUACAUCUUUAAUUAAUAUGUGCUUUGAAGCUACUUAAAAAACGUAAUAAAGGUUAUUGAAUACAAGUAAUUAUAUGCAAUAAAUGUAUCCUUGAUUAACAUAUACUUGUGUUACUGUUUUGCAUCUUUACAAUUGAAAUGCAGUCUUUUGGGUUUUAUAGGUCCAUUAUAACACAAUUAUAAUAGAUUUAACAGUUUAUCCAAUGAUGCAUUACAAUUUAAUUAAAACUGCGUUUUAUUAACAGCUGAGUUAUUUUAUUGCUGUCAAUGUGGCUGUUGAUCAGUUGGACCUCAAAUUGAGUAACAAAAUGAAAUGAUGUGCAUUUGUCUUGCUUAACAUGACAGCGUAUUAAACAAUACUUAAGGAUAGAUUGCAUUAGAUUAUUCCUGUUAUUGAUUAGUUAAAUAAUGUGUUUAGCUCACGUUAGCACGAACUGCUCAAGGUGAGAUAUUGAGAUUACCCUAUUUUCGACCUCUGUCUUUGUCCGGUGGGCGGUAUGUGUGUAUGAUGUGUUGUCGACUUUAAGAUUGUUACCAUUCUAGAGGCCACUCUGUUAAUCCAAUCUUGACGAAUUUUGGUAAAAUGAAGACAAUAUUUAAGCAGGUUUAGAAUCGUUAAAUGCGUUAAAAACCUCAGUCAUGAGGCCAAAUGUUAGAAAAACUUGUGACCACUCGAGAGGCAACAUAUAUGACUCAUUCAUGAUGAAACGCUGUCUGACUGUUCAUUGAGACAAUAUGGUAGAAAAACCUUGUUACCACUUUAGAGGCUACAUAUAUGACUCAUUCUGAAUCCGUAUUGGUUGAAUAAUAAUCUUGACUUAAUCUAGGCCGAGUUCGACUCUGGGUCUUGUGCAAACACUCGGAUCACAUGGUCAAGUCUUGAACAAUUGGUGUCCAUCAAGAUGAGCGCUUAAUGUUCACCGUGGCCUUCUUUUUCACACAGAUGUCGAAUUUUAAUAUGUGUGUUCUUUAAUUAAUAUAAAUAAAAUAUAAUUACCGAAUAUAA